CUCUCCCCGCGGGAAUUGUAGGCGCUGAACUAAUCUGCCGCCUAGCAGCCUACUUAACUGACCAGUCAUACCUGGACACUUCGGUGGCCAUCGUCCAAUUUUGACCUCGAAUAAACCGAGCUUUUAUCCCUACACGUGGUACAUGAUCAGUGUCACUCCUUGUUGUCCCUAAUGCUCUAAACACAUCUGAUCUCGGCAUCGCAGGUUCGGGUGCAGUAUAUGCGUCUAGUCUACGGAUGUCGGCCUCCGAUACUUCUCCGGUCCCUGUUUCGCUUGGCCAGGAAAAUGCAGCCCUGCAACAUAUACCUGCCGAGGGGUCUUUCGAGAAGCUCUGGAAGCGGGUGGGUUCACCAUACAACAAAAGCCCAUCCGCGAUUCCUAGUGGUAUUACACCCCGCCAUUCCCACGGACCCCGGAGGGAACAAAAGAGACCAAGUGUUCAUUGGGCACCACUCAAUAUCGGACUCGAACGGCGUUUGCAGACUCUGGUGGUUUUGUGUCAUACCCUGACAAUAGCGAUCUUUCUAACAGGAUUCUUCUUCGCUUGUGCAAUCCCUCUAUUCUGGCCUCUCCUACUGCCUUACAUCAUCUAUAUCUCUCUAUUUUCAUCCGCAGCUACCUCGGGCACUUUAAAAGGUCGAAGCGAUUUUUUACGCUCACUUGGUGUGUGGUCAAUAUAUGCAUCAUAUUUUCCAGCCCAUUUGCAUCGGUCAGAAACUCUUCUUCCCACGCGGAAAUAUAUUUUCGGAUACCACCCACAUGGCAUUAUCUCCCAUGGUGCAUUUGCGGCGUUUGCCACCGAGGCUCUGGGAUUUUCAAGGCUUUUUCCUGGUAUCACGAACACCCUGCUUACACUGGAUUCAAAUUUCCGGAUUCCAUUUUAUAGGGAGUAUGCGCUUGCUAUGGGAAUUGCCAGUGUUUCUCGCGAAUCCUGCGAGAACCUGCUCACAAAGGGCGGCAUUGAUGGUGAAGGAAUGGGCCGUGCUAUCACCAUCGUCAUAGGCGGCGCUCGCGAGUCGCUUGAUGCCCUUCCACAUACCUUGCGCCUUGUACUAAAGAGACGGAAGGGGUUUAUUAAAUUAGCCAUCCAUACAGGCGCUGAUCUUGUGCCGGUAUUGGCUUUUGGUGAAAAUGACCUCUAUGAACAAGUGCGCUCUGAAAACCAUCCCGUUAUACACAAACUACAGAUGCUGGUUAAGCACACAAUGGGUUUUACCAUUCCAUUAUUCCAUGCCCGUGGCGUAUUCAACUAUGAUGUGGGUCUGAUGCCAUAUCGUCGACCACUGAACAUCGUGGUUGGUCGCCCCAUUCAUGUUAUGCAGCAACGAGAUAGGGAGAAGAUUGGCGAUGACUAUAUUAAUCAUCUUCAUUCCCUGUACGUGCAAGAGCUGGAGAGAUUAUGGGAGGAAUGGAAAGACGUAUAUGCCAGGGAUAGGACAUCAGAGAUCGAAGUUGUUGCUUGACAUGUCCUGAUAAUCAGUGUCAGAAGGGCAAAUAAGACCGUUCUGUAUCUAUAAAUAUAACACCGGGGAUGAAAUUAGCAUAGUAAUCUUGGGUUCUACUGAAAUUUAAGGGUAAUCGCCAUGAUAGGUACCUCGUUUCCUCUGUUAACUGUGCAAGAUCCUAUAC